UCAAAAUAGGCUUUGAGCGUCUGUCUAUCUACUCGCGUCUCAUGGGAACACAUCCAGUCAAAACGGUGAAUUUUCGUUUCACAGAUAGAUCGCCAGAUGGCUCUCCAAGCUUUGACAAUUACGGCACUGCUGAUUACUCAACUGGUUCUGCCGGCUAGAGGCGAAGGUUACGUUAACGAUGGCAACAAUCUUUAUUCAAAACGUCUGAACCUGAGAGGGUCUGCCCGGUCUGCAGUAGUGGGACACAACUUCACGUUCUCCUGUACAGUUUUAGAAUUCUGGAGACCUCGUUCAAAAAAAGAAAAUAACAUGGAAAGUGGAAACAACCAACGGAACAUUUUAUGUAAAUGAUACAUGCUUGCUGUCUUCAAAAUACGAAAGGCAAAAAUACAAUUAUGAUAAUUUUACGUGUGAACACGUUCUGACAAUUAAAAAUGAGGAUUAUUACUCAUAUCAAGGUUCCAACUGGACAUGUCAAGACAACGGUUGGAGAAGCAACACCAUCUCACUGGAUGUAGAGGUGCCCUUAUUGGAAAUUCAUAUCGAGAACUCGACGAGCAAUCCUCUGGCCCUGACCGAUAAUGAAACCCUCACGCUCGUGUGUAAGACCAAUCCGACCAAACCAUCGUCCAGCAUCACAUGGCGUCCAGGAAAUCAGACGCUGAAGGGGAACGUGACGUCGUUGGUCCGUGAUGACGAUGACAUGGUUGCAGACGUCAGUAAGAUCACAUUCACUGUUACCUGUGGCCAUCAUCUCGUCGGCAUCCAGUGUGCUGCAGUCUAUAGAAAUAAGAUGCUGAUAUCUGGAACCCAAGUCCUCUUUGUACAUUGCACCACAAAUCAGGAGUCUGUCCUUUCAGCUUCAGGACAAUGUUUCGGAGCUGGACUAGAAGUUGGGAUAACGCUAUGUCUGGUAUCAUUGGUAGCCAUGGGAGCAACAGCUGCGUACAUCAUUCACUGGAAAAGACGCAACGCACAAAAGGAUGUAACGAGGAAGGUAGCGGUACCUCAAGUGAACGCAGCGUCUAUGACCACGUCCGAAUUUGGUGAUGGGCAACGUCACAAGGUUUAUGAACCGACACAAGACACAGUCAACGACGGGACAUAUGAACCAAUCCAGAUCAUUCCAGAGUCGUGGAGCUGCUCUGGCGAAGGAUCGAUCUCCAUAGGUGGUGGUCCUUGCAUGUGGAACACACAGCAUGCUUUGUCCAAUGGAUCUAAGAGACCUGGCUGGCUUGUAUUCCUGGAGGAGUUCCUGGAGAUACACAGGGGCUAGGCCUGUCCUUGCUUUGAAGGUUAACAGGAGCACUUUAUAAGUGAUUCUGUCUGCCACCUUCAACCAAUGAAGUUUCUUUAGCACUGGAGAAAUGUGGCUGUCUUUCUUUGUCUUUGUCACAAGUCUCGCUGCACAUGCUCUGUCAUCCUAUCGCAUGGUGACAAUCACUGGAUUGUCUGGUCCAGACUCGAUUUGUUUACUAACAAUAUCGUACACCUGUAAUGCUGCUGAAACAAAUAUAUGCUCAUGAUAUAGUCACAAUUGUUCAAUCGACUCAAUUUGUAGCAGAGAUUUCGUAUGGAGUUGGAAAGGCUUUUAUCGCUUCUGUGUACCUAAAAAUACCUGUCUGUUAUUUUUUUCUCAAAUUAUCGGAACAGUUCGUACAAUAAACUUGUGUUUAAUAUUGUUAUGUGUACAAGUUGGAUUCGAGGGGACACAAUGGGGGAUGGGGGGGGGACAGUGCAGUAUGACAGCAUUAGAGGGGUCGUCUCAAGACUCGCCCAUGUCACAGCCCUCGUCGUCGGAUUUCCUUGUGUAACACUAUUCGGUGGUCAGCCGGGCUUGAUUUCCACACACUACUGGAGGUUUACAAGAGUCAAGAAGUUAACACAACACACUGUUGACAGAUCAAAUUAACAUAUCGUUAUGUGUGACUUUACUUCUUCCCUCGUUGUACAAACUUCGCCUCGGCUGCUCGGCUGUAGAAACUGACCGCUUACCUACGGACCGGAUGACCGGUAAAAUCAGUCGAUAACAAGCAACAAUUCGUAUGGUAAAGAAUCCAUAUGCGGUCAAAAGUUUAAGGUGGAAGUUAAUAAAUAGGGAGAUGAUUUGGAGAAACAGCAGAGAGGAGCUAAUAGGAAAAUAGAGGCGCACAGAGGCGACGAACACUGUCCAGGGCAAGACCAUCAGAGCAAUCCAGAAGAUAAGUCUGAGAUGACCAAUAAUGUCGAUCUAACAGCCAGGGCAUCACACUAGAACGAGCUCCAGGCACACCUGCUCAACAUAUGCAACAGGCCGUAGCCUCUCCCACACUGUCAAUCUCUGCCUCGUCCUUGUGGUCACUGUUAACAAGAGGGCAGUGUAGUACUAAUUAAACACUUUACUGAAACCUCCAACGUUUCUGUUGUGCUACACUGGUGCCAAGACCUGCAAUAAGAUUCUUAAUACACGACGUGAUAUUUUAUACAAAUAACGUGUACAUGUAUAUAUAUUUUAUAUUUUUUAUAUUAUGUAUGUCUUUAGUUUUUAUGCAGAACUGUCUCCCAUAAAUCGCUGAGCGAUUGGUUGUAUAAACAUGUGAGACAACAAUAUAAAUAUCUGUCUCUCUGUCUGUCACUGCUGAUGUCGCAUGUGUCAAAACGUUCGGCGGGACUGCUGCUUGCUGAUGCUCAUCACCAUGACGUUUACUGUUUCUGUUUGAAUAAUAUUAAGAUAAUGAUUUCGGAGAUGAACGAUGUCAGAUUGUUUACGUGAUUAAGCCCUAUUUUCACCACUUAUCUUUGUGCAUCUGUAUCCAACGAAUACCAAAUUUGUUUGUAUUACCCCAUUUACUGUUUAUUGUUAGAAAGGGCGUGUACUCUAAUGGAAUGUUUCCCUACCGUUUUGACAAAUGUUCAUUGCUUUGCUACCCGUGAAAAUCCGGAUGAGAAUUGGUUUUGUGCUGUCCAUGCUUGUCGUAAGACUAACGGGAUUGAGUCGUCAGGCUCACAAGACUUGGUUGAUCGUAUCACAAUUGCAAAGAUCGAUGCUCGUCAUAUCAAUCACAAGAUUUUUCGUCGUUUGUACGAGGAACUGGAGUGUUGCAGAGACUGGCAUUAUGUAACAAGCUGACAAAUAAACGUUGUUUUCCUUCCAUUGGUCAAGUCGUCGUCAUACCCAUCCCCGAUAAGCUCGGGCAAAUCUCCACUAGUGUUAGAUCUCACUAGUGGAGAUUUAUCGGAACGUAUACCCUGGAGAUUAUCGAGGAUGCGUUAUACCAGGAUAAUAGUUUUGUUUUUCUCAUGUAGUAUACUUUCAUUAAUUUUCCUAUCUUUUAAUUCCGCUCUAAUAUUUAUUUUGGGACAUUGCAUGAUUGUGCUUUUGUAAUUCAUUAUGAUCUAAUACCUAUCUGUUAAUUGAAUAAAAUCUUGAUUAACGACA